CACAUCAGAUUAGAGCCUGUGACGGCCCCUCACCAGUGUGGGAGGUGCCCAGUGCAGGAGGGAGGCUGUGUUUGUGGCCACACUGAUAACAGGGACCCUUGGAGAAGAGUGAUCCUCUUGUAGAGAUGAUGAAGGGCCAAGGGAGAGUCAGUCCUGCAACUGCAGACCUAGCAGAAGAGAGAAGUUGCUCCUGCCUGAACAUCUGGGUCUUCCUUAUUUUUGCCCUUGCAAUCAAAGCUGCCUUUGUGACUAUUUGCCUUGUGGUUCCCUUCUGGCACAGCAGUGACCAGCCCAGAGCCCUGCAGCAGCAGUUCUCGGAGUGGAAGUGCGACUCAGCAGUGCCACAAGGAACAGGCCAAGGCUGGACGUGCUGCCCACAGGGCUGGAGAAGGUUUCAAAGAAGCUGCUAUUUCCUCUCCCUUGAUAGGAUGAACUGGGCCAAGAGUGAGCAGAACUGCACUGGGAUGGGCUCCCAGCUGGUGGUGAUCAACAGCAAGGCAGAGCAGGAAUUCCUCUUUGAGCAGAUAAAACAAUCUCCACAAAGAGACAAUUUCUACAUUGGUUUGUUUAAGGACAAGGACGGCCAGUGGCAGUGGGUGGACAAGACUCCAUAUAAUGUGACAGCCGCGUUCUGGAGAAAAGGAGAACCAAGUAAUCACCAUGAUGAAAACUGCACUGUAAUCCAUAGUCCUGAAACAACUCUCAACAACUGGAAUAACAUCAGAUCAGAUUUGAACUUCUCUCAAAUUUGUGAAGCUGCAGCAGUAAUUCUGUGAUGAUCCUGUCCUGAGCAAAGGUGGGAGCUGAGCAGUGAUCUGGGAACAACGCUGGUGUGCUGGGAGGGGUGGGGAGC